AUGCAAUUGGAACAGGAAAAACAAGAAAAAGCAGCUACGGACACUAAUACUAAUAAUGAACUCGAUGAAGCACAUUUAACAAUAAAAAAGGUGAAUAAAGAAGAAUCAUGUUUGUUGAAACAACAAAUUAAAUUACAAAAUUUGAUGCCAGAACAGCUCUAUCAGAAGGAAACUGAACAAAAAAUUCCAUUAAAUACAAUUGUUCAACAACCAAGAAUGGAACAACGUGAUAAUUUUUCUAAAGGUUUAAGUGGUGGCGGUGCUUGUUUGGAUUCGUAA